AUGCAAUCACAAAUUCCGAGGUCUUCAAUCACUCCCGACCCUUUCCAAAACUCCCACACCCGUUGGCUCGCCCUCACCCACCGCGCUCCCUCUGCCCAUUCAUCCUUUCUCUACGGCGUCAAAUCCACCAAGAUCUACUGCCGCCCCACCUGCUCUGCACGCCUUGCUCGAAGAGCCAAUGUCGUGUUUUACGACACUGAAGACCAAGCCCAACGCGACGGAUUCAGGCCGUGCAAGAGGUGUAAGCCGGAUAACGCGACCUUCUUUGGAGAGGGGGAGGAGCUUGUCACAAGAGCAAUAGCACUUUUGCGGAUAAGGAAGGAUGAUUUGACGAUGAAAAGGGGCUUAAAGGAGUUGGCGAAAGAGGUGGGAGUUACGCCGAGUUAUCUCUGCCGUGUGUUUAAGAAGACGAUAGGGAUUACGGUAGGGACGUACAUCAAGGAAUUUGAAAUGGAGGCAAGCGAGAGCGAGACGGAGGGCUCAGUCCAAUCUCCCAGCAACGUCGAAGGUCGGAAGGGAGAGCCGGCGGAGGAGGAUGUGGGAAACCUCGAAGAGGCUCUUGACUUGGACUUCGAUUUCGACGAAUGGUUCUGGACUGAAGACUUCUCGAAUGACAGCAUCUACGGAUGA